AUGACGGAGUCUGGAAUAUCGACGGCAGUGGGACCCGCCACUACUAAGAAAGAAAAUAUUUUUAUCAAUGGCAAAUCGGCAGACCACAAAUUUUUCUCCACUCCUCGUUUUCCAAUAAAACUUACAAAUGAACGAAAAUGUCAAAUAUUGAAAUUUCAACAGGGAAGAUAUACCUAUCUACGCCUUGUAUUUGAAGAAUUGAUGCUUUAUUUGACUAUUCUUACAAACAAAAACCAAUUUGUUUUACAAUGCACUUUUAAAAUCCGCGAACAGCCUUUACAUCUAGCCUAUACUUUUCCCCUUUUCCCCCUUCCCACAUAUUUCAUUUCACUUUGGAAUUAUAUUCGCUUUGUUUGCAUUUUUGGGACUGGAAAAAAAAGACUUGGCACGUCAAGUCGUCUGAUGAGAGAUAUUCAUGCAGCCAUUCUACUAAGAUCUAGAAUACAAUCACUUCAGUGUGUUCGACUGAUGUCACUCCUGUCAGUAGCUUACUUGCCCCCUCUCGGUUUGACUUGGACUCUAAAGUUGGUUUUGGGAGAGUGUGGAAAAAGACAUCUUUUCUUAGUCUCUGCGUCUGUUCAGAAGACUCACAACGUUUCUCCUUUCCACCUCCUGGUCUCUAACACAUUAGCGAAGAUUGAAGUACUAAGAAGUAGUGGUGACGAAUUUGGUCUACCAAUCUUUUUUCCACCAAUAAAUGGUGAUUGGUUGCCUUUAAAAAGUGAUUUUUGUUUUUAG